GGAGGCGGUUUUGCUGCCUGCGGUUGACUCAGCUCUAGGUCGAGGGUGGCGACCGGGGGCCACCCACGAGGGUCCCCGUGGGCUGCUGCAGUUGGGGGGGAGUUGUACGACCCACCGUGACCCCCCUACACACACACACACACGCAGUCCCGGCCAGGGUCAGGAUGAUUCUCACUGCAAAGCAGCCCCGGGGUCCCUCUGCAGAUGUUGACAUCGCUGGUGCACGCCCGGCACCCUGAGCCCCUCUGCCCGCAGCCCCCCACGUCUCGGCACUCGCCAGCGCCUGGGGGUGUCCCUGGGGUGUCCCAUCCCCCCACCAUGGAGCUGGGGGCUGAGGCGCUGCUGGAUCUGAGCUUCCUGACGGAGGAGGAGCGCCGGGCCAUCGCCGAGGUGCUGCGGCGCGACUGGCAGCUGCGCCGGCGCGAGGAGGGGCGCAUCAGCAAGCUGCGCAAGUCGGUGUCGGACCCGGCGCGGCUGCGGAGCCUCACCGGGGACUGGUUCAGUGCCGCACGCGCCCAGCGCCACCGGCACCACCUCGGCUCCGACCUCGUCCGGGCCUCCAUCCGCCGCAGGAGACGGCCCCGCGGAGCGGGGGACCUGGAGCGUGGCUCCAGCCUGGGCGAGCUGGAGGCCAUCAGCGAGCCGCUGGCGGAGGAGAAGGAGGAUGAGGAUGAUGUGGCAGAGCUGGAGGAAAGCCCCCCUACAGAGGAGCAGGCAGCUGCAGAGCCCCAGCCCACCCCCACGGCUCUGGAGGGGACUCCAAUGUCCCAGCCUCCGUGUCAGAGUGAUGUCCCAGAGGACGAGCAGGAUGUCCCAGGCCAGACAGGUGACACAGGAGGGGGGAACCCCUUCAGCACAUCCAGUGUGGAGGAAGAGGAGGAGGAGCCUGACUCUGUACACAGUGGCCAGGAUGCUGGGCAGGGUCCAGGGCCCCCCCAAACAGCUCAAGGGUCCCCACAGAAUGGCCACGUGUCCCCCAGCCGCCUGCUGACCACCAGCUCCUCCACAUCCAGCCUCAGCUCCUCCACGCUGAGUGGCAGCCUGAUGAGCCUGUACAGCGAGGGGGAGCUGGGCAGCGUGGCCGUGCGGGGCUGUGUCCAGCUCUCGCUGCGCUACGACGCGGCCGGGCGGGAGCUGCAGGUGCACGUGCUGCAGUGCCGCCAGCUGGCUGAGGCCAAGAGGCAACGCUCGGACCCGUACAUCAAGACCUACCUGCUGCCGGACAAGUCCAACCGCAGCAAGCGCAAGACCACGGUGAGGAAGAGGAGCUUGGACCCCAUCUUCAACGAGACCCUCAAGUACAAGCUGGAGAAAAGGGACCUGCAGGGCCGGACCCUGAACCUCUCGGUGUGGCACCACGACAGCCUGGGCAGGAACCUCUUCCUGGGGGAGGUGGAGAUCGCACUGGGCACCUGGGACUGGGCCAACACUGACCCUGAGUGGUUCAACCUCCAGCCCCGGAUGCCCAUCUCCUCGGACAGCCUCGCCAGCCGCGGCAACCUCAACCUGGCGUUGAAGUUCAUCCCCGCCGGCUCUGAAGGUUUGGGGCUGCCACCCACGGGUGAGCUGCACAUCUGGGUGAAGGACGCUCAGAGCCUCAUCCCCCUCCAGAGCGGCACCGUGGACGCCUUUGUGCAGUGCUACGUGCUGCCCGAUGACAGCAAGGGCAGCCGGCAGAAGACAAGGGUGGUGAAAAGGAGCCUCAACCCCCUCUUCAACCACACCAUGGUGUACGACGGCUUCCAGGCCAAGGACCUGGCCGAGGCUUGCGCCGAAUUCACCCUCUGGCACCACGAAGCCUUUGCCAAGCGCCAGCUGGGCGGCAUCCGGCUCAGCCUGGGCACGGGAAGCAGCUACGGGCUGCCCGUGGGCUGGAUGGACUCGACGGCGGAGGAGCGGGGGGUGUGGGGGCGGCUGCUGCAGCAGCCCGGGCGCUGGGUGGAAGCGCUGCUGCCCCUCCGCACCAACCUCGUGCCCCGGGCAUAGCCUCACCUCCAGGGACCACCCCCCUCAAGGACCACCCCCGGGUGCCAGCGGGACUGCGGGACCUGGGGAGGGGACACAGAGCUGAACUCGGAGCAUGGCGGCGUGGGGCUGAGGGUCUGUGCCCUCCUCAGCCUCUCGGCUGCAAUGAAGUGGCACCGC